AUGCUGUCUCUAAACUGUGCUGAGCCCUGGCCCGAGGGUUUGGAGGUUCUGGAGGAGAAGGAGGUGGUGACGGCUGCAGCCGGGCAGCGGGACACUGGAACCUGCAGCUUCAAUGACGGUCUGGAUGACAGCCUUACCAGCCUACAGUGGCUGCAGGAGUUCUCCAUCCUGGGUCCGUCCCAGGUUUCGCAGCAGCUAUUCAGCCACCAGCAGCAACUGGGACCUGAUGCCCCAGCCUCCCCCCUGGCUGGAGACCCUGCCUCCAUUGGUAUGGUCUUGACCCCUGGGAAACCCACAGCGGCAGCCUACAGCAGGCUGUCGGGUUUGGUGGCGCGGGGACACUGUCCCGACGAGGUGGACUACAAGACCAAUGCGCACGUCAAGCCACCAUAUUCUUACGCCACCCUCAUCUGCAUGGCCAUGCAGGCAAGCAAGAAGAGCAAAAUAACUCUGUCCUGCAUCUACAAGUGGAUCACUGAAAACUUCUGCUACUACAGACACGCAGACCCUACCUGGCAGAACUCCAUCAGACACAACCUCUCACUCAACAAGUGCUUCAUCAAGGUGCCGCGGCAGAAAGACGAGCCAGGAAAGGGGGGUUUCUGGAAGAUUGACCCACAGUACGCCGAGCGCCUCCUCAGCGGCGCCUACAAGAAAAGACGGAUGCCUCCAGUCCAGAUCAACCCAGCCCUGCAGAACCACCUCAGAGUCUGCUGGCAGCCACAGUCUGUUUCUUCUGCAGGGGGGCCUGUUGGCCUGUGCCCCAACCUGGAUUCCCAGCAGCUCUUUCGAGUGUUUGAGGAGGUGACUGGAGACAGUCAGAACUGGGACCCCCAUCUGGCCAAAGGGACCAUACUGGAGUCUUGGCCAAUGGUCAGGGGGCGAGGUGGACACAAGAGGAAACAGCUGUUGGCUUCCAAAAAUGGCACCAUUAAAGCUCUGCAACAUUCCAGCUCCCCUCUCUUGUGUGUGGAUGAACAGAAGGAGGUUGGAACUUUGAAAGGCCACUUCGACUGGGACUACCUGCUGGACUCAGCCUUGGGUGGAGGCCUGAGUCUGGAUGGAGGGGAACUUCUCAGCCCAAUUAUGAAGGCUGAGGAGGCGACGGUGAGGGGGAGCCAUGUCCCUCUGUCUGAAGCCCUCGCAGGAAUGGAGGAUCGAAGAAACAGCAACAUGUCUGACUUUGAUGAGGAGACUUUCCUUGCCACGGCUUUCCUGGAGAUGCCCUUGCCUGAGGAGGAGCAGGAGGUGCAGGGCCAUGGUGACUUCCUGUGUACCUCUACCGUCAACCUUGACCAGCUGUUUGACCUUGGGGACUCUUUAAAUGUAGACAGUCGCAUCGACACCCUCCUUUAAGAAAUACUUCUAGAAUCGAACCAAGCCAUCGAGGACAAAAUGGACUCAAAUACAAUCUUUAUCACUGUUUUAAGAUGUAAUAAAUGUUUGGAAACAACAUUUUGAUUCAAAUAUUUUUCCAAUGUCUCCA